GUCCGCUUUGAUCUGGAGUCAGCGGCCCGUUUGAGGUACAAACAGUGCCUGAUCAUAGAUAUGGGGGAAUACGGGUAUGUGGAGAUCGAUGUGGUCUGUGCCAGUACCCCGUGGUGUCCCGCAUGCAGAAAACGUUUUCAUUAUGAAGGGGAUUUGGACUGCACGGCAAAGAAAGGAAAAUCAUAUGCUAAUGCAGUCAAAUCUUUUACCCUGGACAAGGAGAAAGGGGGGGGAAACGAGGGUAAAGGAGGGGAGAAAAGUGGUGAUGAAGGAGGGAAAAGUGGUGGGGAAGGAGGGGAUGAGGGAAGAAGCAACAAGAGCGGAAAGGACAAGACGGAGGGAGGUCGGGGGGAUAAGGAUGGUGGCAAGGGUAAGAAGGGAGGUGGUAGGGGAGAGGGAUUGGGGGAAGAUCGGGACGGCGGUAAGACGCAGGAACCCUCUCCUCCCCGUCGAGGGGAUAAAGACACGGGAGAAGGGGACGGGGUAAGGCAGGAGAAUAACGGGACAAGGGAGAAGAGUGUAGGGGACAGGGAGAUUCGUGAGAAAGACGGUUUACCUGGGACAGACUCCCAGGGGGCCGGAAACGAACCGGUAGAUAUGGAUCAGGAUCGAUCCGUGACACGCUGCGAGACAUAGUAAUCACGGAAAACGUGUCGGCUCUGGGGGUGGCCCAGUGGAUGGCGCAAACGAACGUGUGUGACAUGAUUAACUCACCGGCCUUCGCAGACUCCCUGAGCAAAAAGCAGCGGUCCCCCUCUGGGUUAAAACCCCAGGGGGCAACAGCUGUUGGUCCGAAGUUUGGUAAAGCCAGGAAGUCUUCUUCCUGCAUCCAAUCAAGCGGCAAGGGUCCG